AUGGAACCAGGAAUCAAUGAAACAAACACUACAAACAGUUCAGUCAAAUAUGCAGACAUCAUUUCUGCGUACAGCCUCAAUCAAGAGGACAGCAAUUGGAUCAUAUCGAACUCCUUCAUAAUCUUUACCAUGCAAACUGGUUUUGGUAUGUUAGAGUCUGGUUGUGUGUCACUGAAGAAUGAAGUUAACAUUAUGAUGAAAAAUGUGGUGGACAUAGUGCUUGGAGGACUGACUUAUUGGGCAUUUGGCUUCGCAAUGAGUUUCGGAUCGAACGAACACUACAAUCCCUUUAUUGGUUUAGGAGAAUUUUUAAUAGAUCCGUCUGUCCACGAUGAACACAUGGGUCCAAAGUGUGCUGCAUUCUUAUUUCAAUUAAGCUUCGCAACCACUUCGACAACCAUCGUCAGCGGAGCUAUGGCGGAACGAUGCAAUUUCAAAGCGUACUGUUUAUUCUCAUUUCUAAACACAAUCGUGUAUUGCGUACCAGCUGGAUGGGUAUGGGGUGACCAUGGCUUUUUAAAGGUCAUGGGUGCUGUCGAUAUAGCUGGUUCUGGAGUGGUACAUCUUGUUGGUGGUAGUUCUGCACUAGCAUGUGCCAUUAUGUUGGGACCAAGACUUGGCAGAUACGAUAAUGGAAUUGAUCCGUUACCUCUUGGAAACCCUGUCAAUGCUAUCAUGGGUUUAUUUGUACUUUGGUGGGGCUGGUUAGCUUUCAACAGUGGUAGUACAUACGGUGUCAGUGAGCAACGAUGGCAAUAUGCAGCUAGAGCAGCAGUCUGUACGAUGCUAGCCAGCAUGGGUGGUGGAUUAAUUGGACUGGGUUUUAGUUUGACUAAUACGAACGGGAUCGAUAUUCUUAGUCAGAUAAAUGGUAUUCUUGGUUCCUUAGUUGCAGUAACAGGUGGUUGUUUCCUUUUUAGAGCCUGGGAGUCUAUAAUCGUUGGAAUGGUCGGUGCUUUCAUUACGUGUUUUCUAAUGCCUGUAUUAGACAAAGUACAUAUCGACGAUCCUGUUGGAGCCAGUGCAACUCAUGGAGCGAGUGGAAUUUGGGGGAUUAUUGCUAUCGGUUUAUUUGCAGACAAUCCGUACCCCCUUAAUACUACUAAUGGAAGAAAAGGAUUAUUAAAGGGAGGAGGAUGGUAUUUGUUAGGUGUCCAGUGUCUAACUGCUCUAUGCUUAGGAUUUUGGAGCUUUUCUACUUCCAUUGCUUUAUUAUGGGGUGUAAAUAAACUUAUACCCAUUAGAAUGAGUGUCCAUGACGAACUGCUUGGAGCAGACUUAGUGGAACAUCGUAUACGACAUAUGCAGAUAGGCGUGAGUAGAGCCAUGUCUGCUCUUCGUCCAAUUUCCCAAGAACACAAACUGGGAGCUAUACAUCCUGUAGGAAUAAAUCCUGGUCAUGAUUCCUAUAUCGACAAAUACACUCGUAAGAGUCGUUUAAAAAUGGGAAAACGAUUGUCUCUCAGGAAUAAGUCGUCAAAGACACCUCAGUCUAAUGGAAUUACAGAUGCAACAUUAACAAAACAGAAUAAACCACAUAUCGCUUGGAUGGAUUGAUGUCUUUCGAAUGCCAUCUAACAAUUUAUCGAAUGUAAAUUUAUUAGAAACGGUAUAAAUGUAUUCGCAUACACGUUCUAACGCUUUCACACAUUACUGGGAACACGUACAGAUGUACACACAUUCUUCGAUAAAUAAUUAAAAUCUUAUGCAAUUACAUGUAUGAUAAUUACGCACACCAGAAUAGAAGGGAACAAAUCUGU